AUGUAUAAGGAGCAGGUGAAAAAGAUGGGUGAAGAAUCGCAGCAGCAGCUGGAGCAGAAGAGUGAUGCUCCAACCUGUGGUAUUUGCCACAAAACAAAAUUUGCCGAUGGCUGUGGCCAUAAUUGUUCAUAUUGCCAAACUAAAUUCUGUGCACGUUGUGGAGGAAGAGUGUCUUUACGCUCAAGCAAGGUAAUGUGGGUAUGUAACUUGUGCCGAAAACAACAAGAAAUCCUCACAAAAUCUGGAGCUUGGUUUUAUAACAGUGGAACAAAUACACCCCAAAAACCUGAUCAAGAAGGUUUUAGAGUGCUGCGGAACGAAGAAGCACCUAAGGAGAAAAUAGCAAAGCUACAAGAGCAAUCUAUAUUGGCAUUGGAUCGAGGCAGAUCUCAAGGGCUCACAAGGCAAGAAUCCAUCAACGGCUCAGGAGGGAAGCAUCAGGUGCCAGGUGACACAGCAGACAGGAAAAGAAGCCCAUCAAUAUCAAGAGAUCAGAACAGAAGGUACAGCCAACGGGAGGGGAGAGACGACUAUUCACAGAAUGCAACAUCAGACAGUGCAAUGCCAAGGUCACCAUCAGAUUAUACAGACAGGCGAUCGCAGCGUGGGUCUCAGUUAUAUGAAGAACCUGAACUUGAUGACUACAGAGAUUCUAACAGGAGAAGUCGCAGUCGUUCAAGGGAAUACCCUUUAGAAGAAGAUGUUGUGCAGAACAGAGAGGAAUAUGAGAGGCAGCGGCAGGAAGAGGAGUAUCAGGCACGAUACCGAAGUGAUCCUAAUUUGGCUCGCUAUCCUGUCAAACCACAACCAUAUGAGGAACAAAUGCGCAUUCAUGCUGAAGUGUCUCGAGCACGUCAUGAACGAAGGCACAGUGAUGUGUCUUUGGCAAAUACUGAACUGGAAGAUUCCCGGAUAUCUAUGAUAAGAAUGGAGCGGCCAUCAAGGCAAAGGUCUGCAUCUGAACGCAGAGCUGCCAUGGACCAACGUUCAUAUUCAAUGGAAAGAACUCAGGGACCAAGUCCCAAUCGUCAGAGGACCACAAAUCACAGCCCUCCAACACCCAGGAGGAGUCCAAUUCCUUUUGAUAGGCCAGAUUUAAGGCGGACUGAUUCAUUAAGAAAACAGCACCAUUUAGAUCCCAGUUCAGCUGUACGAAAAACAAAACGUGAAAAAAUGGAAACCAUGUUAAGGAAUGAUUCACUAAGUUCAGACCAAUCUGAAUCAGUUAGGCCUCCACCACCAAAGCCUCAUAAAACAAAAAAGGGGGGUAAAAUGCGCCAGGUUUCACUGAGCAGCUCAGAAGAAGAGUUGGCCUCUACUCCAGAAUAUACCAGCUGCGAUGAUGUAGAGAUUGAAAGUGAAAGUGUUAGUGAAAAAGGAGACAUGGAUUACAACUGGGACCAUACGUCUUGGCAUAGCAGUGAGGCAUCCCCAAUGUCUUUGCAUCCUGUGACAUGGCAGCCAUCCAAAGAUGGAGACCGUUUAAUUGGCCGGAUUUUGUUAAAUAAACGGCUAAAAGAUGGAAGUGUGCCUAGAGACUCAGGAGCAAUGCUUGGACUGAAGGUUGUAGGAGGAAAAAUGACUGAAUCAGGCCGGCUCUGUGCAUUUAUCACCAAAGUUAAAAAAGGAAGUUUAGCUGAUACAGUGGGACACCUUAGGCCAGGUGAUGAAGUAUUAGAAUGGAAUGGAAGGCUUUUGCAAGGAGCCACCUUUGAAGAAGUGUACAAUAUUAUUCUAGAAUCUAAACCAGAGCCACAAGUGGAACUUGUAGUCUCAAGGCCAAUUGGAGAUAUUCCCAGAAUACCAGACAGCACACAUGCACAGUUGGAGUCCAGUUCUAGCUCUUUUGAAUCUCAAAAAAUGGACCGGCCUUCUAUUUCAGUCACUUCCCCCAUGAGUCCUGGCAUGUUGAGGGAUGUUCCACAGUUCUUGUCUGGACAACUUUCAAGCCAAAGCCUUAGUAGAAGAACAGCGCCUUUUGUUCCUAGGGUUCAGAUAAAAUUGUGGUAUGACAAGGUUGGUCAUCAGUUGAUAGUCACAAUAUUGGGAGCAAAGGAUCUUCCUUCAAGGGAAGACGGAAGGCCAAGAAAUCCUUAUGUUAAAAUUUACUUUCUUCCUGACAGAAGCGAUAAGAACAAAAGAAGAACAAAAACAGUAAAGAAAACUUUGGAACCCAAAUGGAACCAAACAUUCAUUUAUUCUCCAGUUCAUCGGAGAGAAUUCCGAGAGCGAAUGUUGGAAAUUACUCUUUGGGACCAAGCACGUGUUCGUGAGGAAGAAAGUGAAUUUUUAGGGGAGAUUCUUAUUGAAUUAGAGACAGCACUGCUGGAUGAUGAGCCCCACUGGUACAAACUUCAAACACAUGAUGUCUCUUCAUUGCCACUUCCCCACCCUUCACCAUACUUGCCACGCAGACAGCUCCAUGGAGAGAGUCCCACACGAAGGCUGCAAAAUAAAGGCUUAUAUUCAUAUAAUUCAGGGUCCAAACGAAUAAGUGAUAGUGAAGUCUCGGACUAUGAUUGUGAUGAUGGAAUAGGAGUAGUAUCAGAUUACCGACAUAAUGGAAGAGAUCUUCAAAGCUCAACACUAUCAGUGCCAGAACAAGUGAUGUCAUCCAAUCACUGCUCUCGGUCAGGGUCCCCUCACCGUGGAGACAGUAUAGGACGGACCAGGUCAUGGUCUCCCAGUGUCCCUCCUUUACCAAGUAGGAAUGUGGAACAGGGGUCUCGAGGGACCCGAUCUACUCCUGCACAUUACAAUACCAUGAACCGAAUGGAUAGACAUCGAAUAAUGGAUGACCACAACUCCCCAGACAGAGAGAGUCAUUAUCACACUCUGCCUUGGUCCCAACAUACUCAGUCCAUUGGCUACCAUCAUAGAGAUGCCAGCAAGGAUCGCUCAAUGUAUCCUAUCUUUUGUGAAGAUGCAAUCAGAUUACUUCGAUCCCGUACGAUGUGCCGUACCUAUUCUGAGGGUGCUUACUAUGAAUUUGAGAGGAGGAGUAGGCAGGAGGGAAGAGUGCCUAAAACAUAUUUUGAUGACACUGAUACUUCCCCCACUCCUGAAAGGUAUUACAAUGGUGCACGUUCAUGGGCAGAUCAUGUAGUCAAUGGUUCAGCUGAAAAUUACGGGAAAUGGGAACCUAGACUACCAUAUCAAAGAUCCAGAUCAACAGAACAACGUCCUGUGCUAGAGCGGCCCAGCCCCCGCUCUCGAUCCACUGAGCGGCCUGACUCAAACCUCAUGAGAUCGAUGCCUUCAUUAAUGACUGGAAGAUCUGCCCCUCCCUCACCUGCCUUAUCGAGGUCUCAUGCUCGUACAGGGUCUGUCCAGACAAGCCCAUCAGGUACUCCAGUAGCAGGACGCAGGGGGAGACAGUUGCCACAGCUCCCACCAAAGGGGACACUGGAGAGAAAAGAAGUGGAUUCAUCAAGGAGAAGAAACCCAGGUGCUGUGGACGUAGACGAGAGAAAUCGCCAAAUGAAAAUGAGCAAGUACAAACAGGUAGCAGGAUCAGAUUCGAGGCUGGAGCAAGAUUAUCAUUCCAAGUAUCAGUCAGGGCGAGAUCCUCAACGAGGCUCUGACAACGUCUCCAACAAGUCUUCCGACAGUGACGUGAGUGAUGUGUCAGCAGUAUCAAGGACCAGUAGUGCAUCUCGCUUCAGCAGCACUAGUUACAUGUCUGUUCAGUCAGAACGACCGAGAGGGAACAAGAAAAUUAGUGUCUUUACAUCCAAAAUGCAAAGCAGACAGAUGGGCGCUUCUGGAAAGAACAUAACUAAGAGCACCAGCAUCAGUGGGGAGAUGUACACGCUUGAGAAGAAUGACGGCAGCCAGUCAGACACAGCAGUGGGCACUGUGGGUACAGGAGGCAAAAAACGACGCUCCAGCAUCGGUGCAAAGAUGGUAGCCAUCGUGGGUCUUUCACGGAAAAGCAGAAGUACCUCACAGCUCAGCCAAACCGAAGCAGGUGGAAAAAAGCUAAAGAGCACAGUCCAGAGAAGCACAGAAACUGGGUUGGCUGUGGAGAUGAGAAACUGGAUGACACGUCAAGCCAGUCGGGAAUCCGCAGAUGGCAGCAUGAACAGUUACAGCUCGGAGGGGAAUUUGAUCUUUCCUGGUGUGCGGUUGGGUGCGGACAGCCAGUUCAGUGACUUUCUAGAUGGACUUGGUCCUGCACAGCUUGUUGGACGCCAAACCCUGGCAACUCCAGCAAUGGGUGAUAUCCAGGUUGGAAUGAUGGACAAAAAGGGACAAUUGGAGGUGGAAAUAAUACGAGCUCGAGGCCUUGUUGUAAAACCAGGUUCAAAGACACUGCCAGCACCAUAUGUAAAGGUGUAUCUAUUAGAAAAUGGAGCCUGUAUAGCCAAAAAGAAAACAAAGGUGGCAAGAAAAACGCUGGAACCUCUUUACCAGCAGCUGUUGUCAUUUGAAGAGAGUCCCCAAGGGAAAGUUUUACAGAUUAUCGUGUGGGGAGAUUAUGGACGUAUGGAUCACAAAUCCUUUAUGGGAGUGGCACAGAUACUUUUAGACGAACUGGACCUGUCCAAUAUGGUGAUUGGCUGGUUCAAACUGUUUCCCCCUUCAUCCUUAGUAGAUCCGACUUUGGCCCCUCUGACAAGAAGGGCAUCCCAGUCGUCUCUUGAAAGUUCAACGGGACCUUCUUACGCUCGCUCAUAG